AUGGUCAGCGAUGGAGGCCUGCGAGAGAGGACGCGCAACAUCUGUAUCCUCGCCCACGUCGAUCACGGCAAGACGACGCUGGCGGACCAUCUCAUCGCCGCCGCCGGCGAUGGCGUCGUCCACCCCAAGCAAGCGGGUAAGCUUCGCUACCUCGACUUCCUCGACGACGAGCAGCAGCGCUGCAUCACCAUCAAGAGCGCCUCCAUUGCCCUCCGCUACCGCGAUCACGCCAUCAAUCUCAUCGACUCGCCGGGGCACAUCGAUUUCUGCGGCGAGGUCUCCACGGCAGUGAGGUUGAGCGAUGGAGCGCUCGUUUUGGUGGAUGUUUGCGAGGGAAUCCACGUCCAGACCCACGCUGUGCUCCGCCAGGCAUGGCUGGAGAGGGUGGCGCCGUGCUUGGUGCUCAACAAGGUGGACAGGCUCGUCACGGAGCUCAAGCUCUCGCCGCUCGAGGCCUACCGGAGAAUGGAGCGGAUCAUCGCCGAGGUGAACGGCAUUGUCAGUGGCUUUCGAUCCGAGAGCUACUUCUUCCGCGACGGAGAACAGCACGAAGAAGAGAGUGGUUUUGCGGACUUCUCUCCGGUGGCUGGGAAUGUGGCCUUUGCGAGUGCUCUGGACGGGUGGGCUUUUAGAACACACGAUCUUGUGGAAGUUUGCGAGAUAAAGCUGGAUCACUGUGUGACUGCUCGGGAGCUGGAAGAGAAGCUAUGGGGGGGCUUCUUCUUGGUAACAGAGGACAAGAAACACAAGAUUGUGUCCGAGCAGGAGCUUCCAAACGGGGCCAAGACCGCUGCCCCCAACACGAGGAAGCCUCUGUUCGUGCGACUUGUCCUGGAGAGCUUGUGGCAAGUUUACUCGUCGCUAGAGAAAGUUGGCGACGAGUCGGCAAAGAUCCUGAGCAAGGUGAUCAACGUCAUGAAGCUCUCGGUUCCAGAGCGAGAGCUACGAAGUGGAGGCAGGGCGUCUCUCCAGGCCGUGAUGAGCCGAUGGCUUCCACUCUCGGACAAGCUCCUCGACAUGGUUGUCCAAGCUCUCCCGGACCCGGCUCGAGCACAGGCUUACAGAAGCAAUCACUUACUCCCGCCAAGAGCAGCGUCGUCUUUUUCGACCCUGAUCAGCCCGAGCCAGCAGCAACUUCUCGACGAGAUUGAGCAUGCACGAAUGUCGGUAAAGAAGUGUGAUGACAGCCGCGGAGCUCCUUGUGUGGUUUACGUUUCCAAGAUGUUCGCGGUCCCGGCUUCGAUGAUUCCUCGUGGUCGAGGAGAUGAAGAAGACGAGUGCUUCUUGGCAUUCGCGAGGGUGUUUAGCGGGGUCCUUGUUGCUGGUCAGAGAGUCUACGUGCUCUCGGAUGUCUACGAUCCAACCGUGGAUACGGACAAACGGAGCUUUGAGGUGGCGACUGUCACGGCUCUCUACGUGAUGAUCGGCCGAGGACUCAAGCCCGUGGACAAGGCAGCGGCUGGAAACGUGGUGGCGAUCCAGGGACUUGGGGAAGAGGUUCUCAAGACGGCGACACUUAGCUCAUCUCCAAACUGCUGGCCACUCGCGGGCUUAAGUUUCCAGGCGGCUCCGAUAGUGAGGGUGGCGGUGGAGCCGUCGAAUCCUGCGAACUUGGCACAGCUUUUGAAGGGACUCAAGCUUCUCAACCGCGCCGAUCCCAUGGUCCAGGUGACUUUCUCGAGCACUGGUGAGUACGUGCUCUCAGCAGCAGGCGAAGUUCAUCUCGAGCUCUGCGUGAAGGAGCUGAGGGAGAGGUUUGCUCGCGUGGAGCUUGAAGUCUCGGCUCCUCUGGUAGCAUUCCGAGAAACCAUUGACGACGACAGUGCGAUCACGAGCGAGCGAUCGGAGGAAGAAGAACAGGAAGAAGGAAGAAAGGAGAGAUGCGUGAGCUUCACCACUCCAAACCGCAGGUACACAGGAAGUGUUGAGGUUUGGAGGCUGCCAAGCUCGGUGCUGGAAGCCAUCGAGAGCUCGGGCCUCGUCAAAACCGGCAAGGAGACUUGUUGCUCCGAGACUCUGGCAGCUCAUCUUCUCGCGAAUGCAGCAACAAAGAGGGAGCUCUUGGGCGAAAUCAUCUGGUCGUGCUGUGGAGCCAAUCUCCUCGUUUCAUCGCCGGAGCUCCUGCAAAGCUGUGGCAGCGAGGAAGACAGUGCGAGCCUGGAGAGCAGCAUCGUGACGGGCUUUCAGCUGGCCUGUACCGCCGGUCCGCUGUGCAAGGAGCCACUGUGGGGACUGGCCUUCAGGAUCAAGGUGGCGACUUGCAGCAAUGCUGGCCAUGGUGGCGUUGAAAACUCGGGACAAGUUAUCAAGGUGAUCAAGGAGGCGUGCCUGGAAGCAGUGGCGAAGAGAAAUCCCAGGCUUGUGGAGGCGAUGUACCUGUGCGAGGUGAGCACAAGCUCCUUGUUCCUGGGACAAAUGUAUGGAGUUUUGGCGAGGAGGCGGGCGAGGGUGGUGAAGGAGGAGAUGGCGGAAGGGAGGGACGUGUUUGCGGUGGUAGCGUUUGUCCCCGUGGCGGAGAGCUUUGGCCUGGCGGAGGAGCUGAGAAAGAGGACGUCUGGAGCGGCCAGCCCCCAGCUGCGGUUUAGUCACUGGGAAGUAGCCGAGGACGAUGGAGAUGAUGGACUGGAGAUGGGAGCUUUUCCAGAGAGGGACGAAGAACAAGGAGGGGGAUUUGCGAAGCGGUUGAUUGACGCAGUGAGGAGACGAAAGGGAUUGGCUGUCAAGGAAAAUCUUGUGAGGCAUGCCGCGAAGCAAAGAACCUUGGCUAGAAAAGUCUAAUAGCCCAUUUUCUUUCGAAUAUUUGGAAGAUUCGUUUUUGAAAGAUACCAAAUAAUCCCUAACCCUAAAAUUGGAGCG